GCCUUGGAGUUUGGCUUUCUUAUCACAUCUCUUUGGUUCUAUUUCUUCAAUCAGGGAUGGCCGAAUUCUUAGGGCCUGUGUGUUUGGAGAUGUACAAAGAUUUGAAAGGCUUAUUCAGACGUCAUGCUGCUCUCCGAGUUGAUUAUGCUAUGACGCUUCAAGAGAAACACAAAAAUUUAAUGGAGGAAGUAAAGAAGCUGAGAGCAAGGAAAGACGACAUAGUAAAAAAUUCACAGAAAGAUGAGGGAGCGUCAAAUGAAUGCAAAAAUUGGAUUGGUCGCGUUAAGGUUGUGGAAAAAGAGGUGAGAGAACUAGAAGUAAAGUAUAACAAUGAAGGGAAGCAUUCAUGCAGAUGGGUUCACUGUUGCUCACGAUAUGAGCUUAGCAAAGACAUGGUAGAGAAAACCAAGAAAGUUGAAAUUCUUUUCGAAGAGGGAGAGAGGUGGAUAGAGGGAACUUCUGUUGACAAACCACUCAAGCUUAUGAGGAGAAAACCUCCGCUUGAUUCGGAAUAUAUGCUACCAGUUCACAAAGUUACUGAGGAAAAACUAGUUUCUUUUCUAAGAGAUGAAAAAAUAAGAAGAAUUGGAGUGUGGGGAAUUGCAGGAAGCGGGAAAACUACAAUAAUGAAUAACUUGAUGAGUAAUGAAGACUCCACUAGCAUGUUUGAGACCGUCAUUUUGGUCACCGUCUUGGACUAUUGGGGCGUGAAGGAGUUGCAAGAUGAUAUCAUGCGACAGCUAAAACUGGAUAUGGAAGGCAGUGCAGACAUGGUGGAAAAAUCUGCAAGGAUAUUGAAAGAGUUACAGACAAAGAAGUGUCUGAUUCUCCUUGACAACUUUGAGAGAGAGUUCGAGCUUGAUGAAAUAUUGGGAAUCCACGACAACCAGCACAGCAGUAAAGUAGUGUUAGUAAGCAGAUCUCGUGACAUCUGCAUUGAGAUGAAAGCUGGCGACUUAAUCCAUGUGGAGCGCUUGUCACCUGAUGAUGCUUGGAUCAUGUUCAAGGAAAUAGUGGGCGGUGUCAUUGAUCAGUUCCCCAGAAUCGAAGAGGUAGCUCGGUUGGUAGCUAAAGAGUGUGAUGGCCUGCCGCUCCUGAUAGACACAGUAGCGAGAAACCUCAGAAACGAUAGGGAUUAUAGUCAUUGGAAGAGUGAAUUGAAACAGUUGCGGACAUGGAAGAAUCUUCAAGGCAUGGAUGAAGUGCUUCAAUCCCUGGAGUGCUGUUACAAUCGUUUGGAUGAUGCCACAAAGGAUUGCUUCUUGUACGGGGCAUUAUAUCCUGAAGAAUGUAAGAUUUACGUAGAUCACUUGCUAGAGUGUUGGAUAUCUGAAGGUUUUAUUCAUGAUACGAGUAGUUUUAGAGAUGCUCAUGAUGCGGGGCAUUCGAUAUUGCGUGAUCUUAUCAAUGUAUCAUUCCUAGUGAGAACUGAGAACAGUAAGUACGUGAAGAUGAACAAAUGGCCUCGGACUAUGGCCCUUAAGAUCUCCUCACAAAAUAAUCAUUACAAACUUUUGGUGAAGCCAUCUGAUAGAUUACAGUAUUCCCCACAGAAUAAAGAAUGGCAUGAAGCAAGUCGCAUCUCUUUGAUGGAUAGCCAGCUGAAAAAGUUACCGGGGACCCUGGAUUGUGCCAACCUCCUGACACUGUUUCUCCAGAGGAAUAAGGACUUGCUUGAUAUUCCUAAGAUGUUCCUCGAAUCUAUGCGCUCUCUACAAGUUGUAGACUUGUACGGCACUGGGAUUGCAUCACUGCCUUCUUCUUUAUCCAAGUUGGUUUGCCUGAAAGCCCUUUAUUUAAAUUCUUGCUUCAAGUUGAUGAAACUACCAUCUGGUGUGAAAGCGCUUAAGUGUCUUGAGGUGCUUGACAUUCGAGGGACUAAGCUUGAUUUACUUCAAGUUAGAAGUUUAAUAUGGUUGAGGUGCCUGCGAAUAUCAUUUUCUAAUUUGCCCAAGGUAAACCACAGGAAAGGGACAGUUUCAGGUUUUUGUUCAUUAGAAGAAUUCAGUAUUUGCAUUGAUUCAUCUCAACAAUGGAUCGACAAUAUUGCAGAGGCAACCACCAGGGAGGUAGCCACCUUGAAAAAACUGACUUCUCUCCAGUUUUGCUUUCCUAAUCUGGACUGUCUUAAACUGUUUGUUGAGAGAAGCCCGGUGUGGAAGGACAAUUCAUCUUUCACAUUUCAAUUUACUGUUGGCUGCCAAGAUUCUGCCCAUUCUCCAAUUCUCGAGUCGGUUGACUAUCCCAUCCACAAUAGCUUGAAAUUGGUUGAUAAUGAAGGCACUGAUGAAGUGUUUGGAAAGGUGCUCAAGGAAACUGAUGUAUUUGGAUUAAUCAAACACAAGCAAGUUUACAGCCUAUCAGAUUUUGACACCGGCAACAUGGAAAAAAUGUUAGUUUGCUUGAUUGAAGGGUGUGAUGACAUUGAGGUCAUUAUCCGUAGUACUGGAAAAAGAGAAGCGGUGCUAAGAGUCUUGAAAGAUUUGUACUUAAGGAAUCUCCUAAAUUUGGUACGCAUUUGGCAAGGGCAUGUUCCUGAUGGAAGUCUGGCUCAGCUAACCACUCUAAUAUUUAGUAAAUGCCCAAAUUUGAAGAACAUAUUCUCCAAGGGUCUGAUUCAGCAACUCCAUGGCCUGCAAUACUUGAAAGUUGAAGAAUGUCAUCAAAUUGAAGAGAUAAUUAUGAAAUCUGAGAACCGAGGAUUAAUAGGCAAUGCCCUUCCAAGUCUGAAGAACCUAGAACUUGUUCAUCUUCCCCGGCUCAGAAGCAUUUUAGAUGAUUCAUUCAAGUGGGACUGGCCAUCUUUAGACAAGAUUAAAAUAUCUAUGUGUGACGAGUUGACGAGGUUGCCUUUCAGGGACCAAAGUGCAACCAAAUUGAGACGUAUUGAAGGGCAAAAAUCAUGGUGGGAGGCACUAGAAUGGGAAGACCAAGCCUACAAACAGAGAUUGUAUUUGCUUUUUCAUCCUCUAUAA